AUGCUUUCUAGAAACCCUUCGCUCAUGUCGACCGCAUCACAGUCGCAUAGUCAUCCACAGAAAAUCGGGCCCUGGAAGCUCGGGAAAACGCUUGGCCGCGGCGCAACAGGCCGUGUUUUGCUCGGUGUCCACCAGACAACAGGCCAAAAAGCCGCCGUCAAGGUGGUCAGUAAGUCCGAGUUGGGCGACGACCAUGGCGCCCAGCGGUUGGGGCAAGACGGCGGUCUUCCCUAUGGAAUUGAGCGCGAGAUCAUCAUCAUGAAGCUCUUAACGCACCCCAAUGUCUUGCGCUUGUAUGAUGUGUGGGAGACCUCCAAGGCUUUGUACUUAGUUCUAGAAUACGUAGAAGGCGGCGAGUUGUUCGACUUGCUUGUAGAGCGCGGGCCCUUGCACGAGCAAGAGGCCGUCAAGUAUUUCCGCCAGAUCAUCUUGGGAACAGCCUACUGCCAUGCGCUAGGCAUCUGCCAUAGAGACUUGAAACCAGAGAACUUGCUACUCGAUGCGUCACUCAACGUCAAGCUCGCCGAUUUCGGAAUGGCCGCCUUGGAAAGUAAUGGUAAGCUUCUUGAAACCUCGUGCGGCCUGCCCCAUUACGCGGCUCCAGAAAUCGUGCUGGGUCUCAAGUAUCACGGUGCAGCCUCCGACGUGUGGUCCUGCGGUGUCAUUCUCUUUGCUCUCUUGACAGGCCGCUUGCCGUUCGACGACGAGAAUAUCAGAAACCUCUUGCUCAAAGUCCAGGCGGGAAAUUUCGAGAUGCCCGCUGAUUUGAGUCCGGAGGCCCAGGACUUGAUUUGGCGCAUGCUUACCGUCGAUCCCAGCGACCGUAUUUCCACUUCCCUGGUCUUGAGCCACCGUCUCUUGAACAAGUACACUGUUCCCAAUGAGGAUCUCAUCAGCGUCAAGUCCUUGCCUCAUCCUGAUACUGCGCAUCGUUCCUUGGGUUCUCGCAAAAACAUCGACCCUCAAAUCUUAGAGAACUUAUCCAUUUUGUGGAACAAGCGCCCAGAAGAAGAUAUUGUCAAGUGCCUCCUAGCCGACGGCUCCAACCCAGAGAAGACCUUCUAUGCCCUUUUACUCAGGUACAGACACAAUCAAGAUGAAAACCAAGGCUUGGGAAUCGCUGUCCCUGGUGGCUCUGCCUCUCCAAGGAAGAAGAUGACUCGGUCAAGCUCCAAUCUCUCAAACACCCCACGAAAGAACAGACAGAGUCAAAUCAAUGCAUCUAACUCUCGCAAUAGACCAGUAUCCUUCCAGCGCCGUUAUGGCGUCAAGACUGGCCCUACAGGCCGCGAAUCGGCUCCCUCCAGCGUUCACAACUCUCCUUAUAGAUCCCCAACUCGUAACGCCAGGGCGCUGCCCAGAAAGUCGAAGCACCAGAGCUAUCGCGGUCAAGACGAUCCUCUUCCACGUAAUAUUUAUAACGACAUUGUCUCCGCUGCUGCCGGAGGCAAUGUGGCAGAUUCUCUGCUCAUCUCCAUCCCCCCAACUCUACCUUCCAAGGACUCGAUUUACGCGGCAACAGGCACCCCUGAUACGACAACUAUGGAUCUCGCGGCCAAAGCUGGACUUGGCGCAAAAGACGGUGCCAAGCUCUCAGAUGCUCCAAAGUUGGUGCCCAACGCAGGAAAGGCUGGAAAGCGUUCCCUGAUGAUCAGUAAGGGCCCCGGUAGUGCAGUCAACUCCAAAAACCACAAGAGAAAAUCGAUCCGUCAAUCCUUGACCACUGGACUCAAACGUAAUUCCAUAACCAUCAAGCUUUUGUCUACCUACGCCAAGCUCUCCAGUGAAACUGACUGGGAGUACAUGGAUAAGCAAACAAAGAGGACUUCCGCCACAUUUGCUACCUUGUGUGAUAAGAUCUUCAAUCACGAGGCCUACAACGAGGAAGAUGAGAAGCUUAUAGACGAAGAAGAACAGAAGGCAAAAGAAUACGAAGCACUCAUGGAAUUGGAGCGGAAGAAGCACGAGGCAGAGUUCAAAGCGCGCCGAGAACUCGCAAAACAGAAAAAGCGUCAAAGUCGUCGUUCUAUCUUGUCUCUGAGAAAGCUCCACAUCACUGUUACUGAAGAUGAUGGAGUAAACGCAAAAGAGAUGGAGGAAGGUGAAGCUGCAAGAAAUUCAGACCUCGGCGGCAUCACACAGCCAAAACGUGGCCAAAAGGCCAAUGCAAUGCGCUCAGUUUCUGAGCAAGCUGCCAGUGAUCAAAAGGACCUCACUCCCGCCGAUUUGGAGAACCUCAAACGUCGCUCAGCUACCCAGCCUGUGCCUCACCGUCGACUGACACCAGUGCUAGCCCGUCGCCCUGUUUCACGUUUGGAUCCGUUAUGGAUUGCAUUUGAGAACAAAGAAAUCACUCGUGCCCAAGAUGCCUUAGAAGCUGAGUUUGAAGAUCUCAAUCGCGAGAGAGCUCGCAAGCAGGCAAACCGUGAGCUGAUGGUCUCAGUAUCGUAUCCUGGAGAUGCAGAACUCGAGGUUGGCGACAACUAUGAGCUUCCUGAACAUCACUCAGAAGGAGCCAACUUAAGCGAAGAAUACAUGAGCGAAAUCAGAAAGCUGCGUCUUCUUAACUCGCAGUAUGACCUCCAACAUCAAUUGGACUUGGAGGGUGCGAAACGUGUUUCUGUCGCCAAGUCAAAACGUUCGUCCGUCAACCGCAGAACACUUAUUGGCGAGGUUGAAAUCCCAAAGGUCACUCGCAAGAGUGGCCAAUUUGACAAAGCUUCUGGACUUGCAAACUCAAAGAGAUUGUCACUCAUCAGUUUCCGUUCUACCAAGGAGCUGUACCGGGACCUCAAUAGUUUCCUCGAUACACACAGGGAAGACUUGGACGAGGCAGAAUUAGCUGAGGAAGAGCAACUCAACCAACAGAACAUGCCGAAAUUACGUACAAGCUUCGCUGAUAGACUCGAUCGGGCCGAGGCAGACGACGUCGAUGACGAUCGUGUGGAUAUUGCUUCUGUCAUGGACUUUGACGAGCACUUGGCCAACAAGCGCUCCUCUUACUAUGGCGGUGCCAAGGGCUCCUCCUUAGCUAAUCCAAAGUCAAUGUUGCUCCCAGAUGACAAGGAUGCCCAGAAGCUGAAAGGCUACGGUGCUCGCAGAAACUCUAAGUAUAGUAAGAAAAGCAUUAGUGAGCAGUCAGGCAAAACGGCCUCCAAGACUACUGCUGCUGCCGCUGCUGAUGCCGACUAUACCUUCUCGGAGGAAGACCACGAGCCCCGCCAUGCUUCCGGUUCCACGAAUGUCUUUGACAAUAUCAAGCUUCCUGAAUCCGGUAAGGAUACCCGCAAGUCUACUUCCCAUCGUGUGAGUGCUCAUCAGCCAAGCGCCUCAGCCAUGCUUGUGCCCAAUGUGAACAAGAUUGGCAAGCUUGAUGUCAAGGACGGUGGCUACAAAAGUAAGACCUAUGGCGAGCUUUCGAAUUCACGCAAUGCGCAAAACAGUAUGACAGAUGUGUCUGUUGCGGGCUCGGAUUCUUCUUUCGGAGCCUCGACGGUAGUAGCUGCAAAGCCAGCUGGCCAACCUAGCAACAACGGAACCCAGAAGCCAGCACAACAGACUCAAAAGACGGCUGCAAAUCCUCCACGCGAGGAAAAACGCAGUCGCUCCAUCUUCAGAAAGAUGUCAUGGGGAGCCAAGAAAUCGUUGGAACAGAAUCCUCAGGAUUUGCCCUCUCCGGCCCAUUCGGGACUGAAUUCUGUUGAAGAGAAGAAAGGAAACUUAUUCUCGAGAAUUUUUUCAGGCAACGAAAAGCCCGUGGUGCAGCGCUACAUCACCAUUCUUCCAAAGAGAGAAAUCAUGACUGCUCUUUAUGCUUUGUUGAACUCGUGGAACAAUUUUGGUAUCAAGGAAUUGAAGAAGGACAUGGAGGGAUUCAAUAUUACCGGAGCUGUGUCCAAUGGCAACUCGUUUCAUAUGAAGGGCUGUAAGUUUAGAAUCAAGAUCUCUCCAAAUGACAGAGAUCAGAAGUCGGAAUUGAUUUGUGCUCAUGUUAGGGGAUCAAAGACCACUUCUCAGACACUUUUCAAGGAAAUCAAGAAGGUUUUGGAGAGAGAAGGGGUUAUGGACGCCUAA